UUCCGCUGUAUCCGAAAAAGAAGUGAAAACCAAUAACUCAUAAUUUAGAGCUAGCUUUUAGACUAGACACUGUUUGUGCCCUUUCAUGUUACCUGCAAUUAGACCACGGGCAAGAACUUUCAAUAAAAUUUUACAUUAUUCAUUAAUCAUUUACUUGAACAACCACCCCCACCAUACAGGAAACGAUACCUAUCCAGAAAGCCUGCCGGGUGAGAUGCCGCCUCUCGGGGCCGAAGCCUGGGUCGUCCCCGUGCUGUUCGCCCUCAUCGGCGUGGUGGGUGUGGGAGCCAACGCGCUCGUCAUCUACGUCAGUAACAAAUUCAACGAGCUGAAGACGGCCACAAACCGCUACAUCGUGGGUCUGGCCGUGGUAGACUUGGCAUUUCUAUUCGUGUGCGCUCCCUUCACCGCCUCGCUAUUCGCCACAACUAGCUGGGCCUUGGGCAAGUCCAUGUGCAAGUUCAUCUUCUAUUUCAUGCAGGUGACGGUUCAGGCGAUGUGCGUGACCAGAUGUGCCCUGACUUUGGACCGGUACUUCGCCGUGGUCCACCCCAUCUCCUCCAUCAACUACCGCAGCCCUAGGUUCGCCGUCACCGUCUGCGCACUCAUCUGGAUCGUCGCCUUGUUGAUGUCCGCACCGCUGGCCGCGAACCUUGACCUCCACCAGACAGAGUGGCACGGCACGCAGACAUACUGUAUGGAGCGGUGGGAUUCUCACGCCGGACAAAUAACUUACUGGAUCACCGUUGUUCUGCUGACUUACGUACUCCCCCUAGCGAUCGGCAUCCGGAGCUGCAUCGCUGUGGUAGAAAAGCUCUGGGGGCGGAACGCUGUGGACCCGAACAUCGGCCCCCAGAUCAGAAACAGAAUUCUGAUAAAGAGAAGGAAGGUGUGUCUGAUGGUCAUCACCAUGGUGGUGAUAUUUGCCAUCUGCUGGCUACCCACCCAAGUACUGCUCCUCUGGCAGGUGAUUGCCAAGGAAGAUUUCCCCUUCACCCUGGUGACGUUCUCUUGGAAGAUAGCGGCCCUGAUCCUGACCUAUCUGCAGUCUGCCAUCAGCCCCAUUGUCUACAUCGCGUUUGGUCACACCUUCCGCAGAAAGCUGAAGCAGGCCUUCCUUCGGAUGUUUCGGUCCAGCCAUGAGAACCAGGUGGCACGCAGAGCAGCGGCGAGACAGGCUGAUGGAGGACAGGCUGCUGCAGUAAAAAUAGCAGGCGCCAGGCGGGGCAACAAUGUGGUCCUGCCGUACACUACACACCAGAACACCGAUGAGGAGGAAUCAGAGGACGUAUUUGGUGGUGUCUGGAACAGAAAACGAGUACAUAAUUCCCCUGUAAUGGGAGAAAAAAAGAACAAUGGUGAUUGUUACUAUAAAAGUUAGAAUGUAUUGGAAGUAUUGCAAUAGAAGCCUAAUUUUGAAAACCCAACACAAAAUUGCAUAAUGGCGGCAAAGAAAACCAUUUUACAUCGACACGAUCUUUUCUAUCCAGCCCCAAUUUGGUACAGAAAUGUUUUAG